UGUUGAUCAAUCUUGACACGGUCGUUGCCAGCUUUCACAUUUCCUUCACGCCCCAUUGUUUGUUUACUUUCGGACGCGCUCACACCCUUCCCCCCUCCAGCGGGAACCCUUCAGUUCGUCACGAUGCCGCCCAGACGAGCAAAGAACGAAGCGGCUGUCCCAGCAAAAUUACCGCUGGAAGACUGCCGCAUUGCCUUUAGUGGACCAUUUGUUGGCGGUCAAGACCAGCACAAGAGAACAGCAGAAUCCCUCGGAGCAAACACCACAGUGACCGCCAUCGUGCAAGGCGUCACCCAUGUAAUCUACUCCGACAAGAACGCCAACAAGAUAAGCACCAAAGUCAGGCAGGCACAUGGAAUGAACAUCCCCGUUGUCAGCAUCGAAUGGCUGCUGAAGACCAAAGAGAAGAACGUCCGACAGCCGGAGAAGGACUACGCUCUGGACUUGUCCUCCUUGGAUGCCGCUAGUGACGCUUCCGUGGCUGACGCAGAUACUGCCUCCCAGACGAACGGCGAUGACACCAGAGGCACCAAGAGAAAGAGAUCGCCGUCGCCAUCGCAGGAUGGCGUCAAGGCUGAUGGCGAGGAGGACACGCUGAAAAAGUCCAAACUCAAAAGCACAAAAGCCGUGGGCGAGGGCCAAGUCCUGAAGGACAAGACCAUGCAGAUUCCCAUAGACGAGGGCGCUCCCUAUGGCUACAACGUCCAUGUUGAUUCUGAUGGUGUUAUCUAUGACGCAUCAUUGAACCUGACCAAUUCCACUGGCAACAACAACAAGUUCUAUCGUCUUCAGCUUCUGACGCAGCAGAACAUGCGGUUCGCGGUCUGGACGCGCUGGGGGCGUGUCGGAGAAUCCGGCCAGCACUCUCUCAUCGACUCCCCGUCUCUCCAAGAUGCCCUGCGCACUUUCGAAAAGAAGUUCAAGGACAAGUCGGGAUUGCUCUGGAGCAACCGAGGUGAUGACCCCAAGCCCAAGAAGUAUGCCUUCGUCGAGGUGAACUAUAAGGAGGAAUCCGAUGACGAAGACGAAGCUGAGGGCGGCGCGGCCACGAAAGAAGAGAAAGACGACUGGGAGCCUCCCAAGUGCACACUCAACCCUUCAGUGGCUAAGCUCAUGGAACUCAUCUUCAACCAGCAGUUGAUGGACAACACCAUGGCGGCACUCAAGUACGAUCGCAACAAACUCCCAUUGGGAAAGCUCAGCAAGGCCACCAUCAUGCGUGGUUUCCAGGCGCUCAAGAAUCUUUCCGAGCUUUUCACCGACCCUUCCAAAGCUUCUCAGUAUGGUCUACCGUACCAGCAAGCGGUUGAGCACUUGUCAAACACCUACUACUCCGUGAUUCCGCACGCGUUCGGCCGUGACCGACCACCCAUCAUUGCGACCGAUCAGCAGCUGAAGCAAGAAGUCGAGCUGCUCGAAAACUUGAGCGACAUGAAGGAAGCCAGCAACAUCAUGAAGAUCGAUAAGACCCAGUUCGAUGUUCAUCCUCUGGACAGGCAGUACCAAGGCCUCAGGAUGCAGGAGAUGACACCCUUGGACCGGGCUUCGAUCGAGUUCACCCAUCUGCAAGACUACCUGGUCGACACACGGGGUCAUACUCACGGAGUCAACUACGAAGUGGAGGAGAUAUUCCGUAUCGAGCGCCAGGGCGAGUUCGACCGGUUCGAUCAGAGUGACUAUGCCGACGGCAAGUUGAAGCUUAAGAAGAAUCGCAAGCUUUUGUGGCACGGCUCCCGCUCCACCAAUUUCGGCGGUAUUCUCAGCCAGGGUCUUCGCAUCGCGCCGCCGGAAGCGCCCGUCAAUGGCUACAUGUUCGGCAAGGGCGUCUACCUGGCCGAUAUGUCCAGCAAGUCAGCAGGCUACUGCUGUCCACAUCAGUCCAAUGGCACGGCCCUCCUCUUACUCUGCGAGGCUGAGCUUGGCGACCCCAUCCAGGAGUUGACUGGUGCCGAUUCCAAUGCUGGAGAGCACGCCAAGCAGAAGGGAAUGCUCUCUACGUGGGGUAAGGGCAGGAGUGGCCCGUUGAUGUGGAAGGAUGCUGGUGUUGUGAACCCGGCACUGCAGGGUGUGAUGAUGCCCGACACGUCGUCGUUUAAACCCGGCGACACCAACUGCCCGGGCGCUGGUCUGUGGUACAACGAAUAUAUCGUGUACGAUGUUGCCCAGGUUCGUCUGAGGUAUCUUUUCCGUGUCAAAAUGUAGAUCAAGCUGAUCCUACUGCGAUGCCGUUCUUGAGUUGGGUUGGGAUACCUAUUGUAUGGGGUUUCGGAGUUGGGUGGAGGAGAU